GAUUAAAUAUAAUGUAAUGAGUUGUGUUCAUAGCAACUUUUGACAUAACAAAGAUAUUCAAUCACCUGAUUAACGCAAACAAACGAAAUGACAGACUCCACAGGCACAGCUCCAAGGAGCAAACUCCAAGGCAAGGUGGCCAUAAUCACUGGCGGAGCAAACGGCAUGGGUGAGGCCACGGCGCGCCAAUUUGCCACUCACGGCGCAAGAGCCAUCGUCAUCGCCGACGUCCAAGACGAGAGGGGCCAAAACGUGGCCGUGUCAAUCGGUUCCAACGUAUGCACCUACGUACACUGCGAUGUCAGCGACGAGGAACAGGUCAAGAACUUAGUAGAGUCGACGGUGAAAUCGUACGGACGCUUGGACAUCAUGUUCAGCAACGCCGGCAUAGGAAGAUCGACCCACGCGUGCGAUCAAAGCGUGCUGGACAUGGACUUGGCCGCUUACGACAAGCUCAUGGCGGUGAACGCGCGUGGAAUGGUGGCGUGCGUGAAGCAUGCGGCGAAGGCAAUGGUGGAAGGGCGCGUGAGGGGGAGCAUUGUUUGUACAGCGAGCAAAGUGACUAGUGCUGGUUACCACAAGUUCGUCGACUACGUGAUGUCGAAGCACGCGGUGCUGGGGUUGGUGAGGUGCGCGAGCAUGAACCUGGGCGCGUAUGGGAUACGCGUGAAUUGUGUUUCGCCAGGGAUGGUUGGGACGCCAUUGUUGAAGGACAUGUUGGGGUAUGAAAAUGAGGAAGAGGAUAAGGUGGUAGAGUCGACUUACACCUUGAAAGGUGGGGCGAUGAGGCCCAAAAAUGUGGCGGACGCUGUGGUGUUUCUUGCUUCUGAGGAUUCCCAGUUUGUCACUGGCCAUGAUUUGGUGGUGGAUGGUGGGUAUAGAGGUUAGAGUUGGCUAAGAAUCCAUUAGAAAGGGCCAAUUGUGUGAGUUGUGUUACCAUCACCAAGUUUUUAUGCAUUGGUUCUCUGUUGCUGGAUUCAAGUUGUAAUAAUCGAAAUCUUCUAAUAAUGGUUGUAAAGCUGGACUACCAGCUAAGGAAUAAAUAGAUUAGGCUGCUAUACAAACUGCCUGAAAACUAUGAAUAAGAAUGUAAUCUGCAUAAAUUCAAAUUUGCAAUCCAUAGAGACAAAUAGAAUUGUCUUUU